CCAUCUAUCUAGGCUACAUACGAUUUAUGUCUUAAUCAAAUACAUGACAUACUUUAAGGCUGCAAAAGUCAGGUACGAAAUAUGGAAGUUACGAUGUUCUGAUGUUACCUUUUGCUGCCAAUGACCUUCAAAAUUCAAUCAACGCGCAAAUUUCCAGAUAACAGAUCUCGACGUUGUUAUCUAUGCAAAUAUAGCGGCCAGUAAUAGCACUCAAUCUAAACAACGACAACAUGCAAAUACAUGGAGGCAGCUAGAACUAAGACAAGGACAUUUUCUUCUUAUACAACUUGACGAAUUACAAGUAUAAACUUAGUCCAACCAGCAAUGGACGAAGAAAACAUUGGAAAUCCCGUGGAUACAGGAUGGUCAUGGGUCAUCCUGUUUGCUUCUGCAUCGAUAUCGUUCUUACAUAUCGGAUCUCUCAAAGCCUUUGGACUGUUUUUUGUUGAAUUUCUAGAGAUGUUUGACGCAAGCGUAUCUGUAACAUCACUUAUAGUUUCCAUCCAAAACGUGUUCUACGCUUUAAUCGCUUUGCCUGUACUGUCCAUAGGGAUACGAUUUUUAUCCUCAAGAAGCCUCUGUUUCAUUGGUGCCAUUCUGUGUACAUCAGCCUACGCUAUGAGUGUGUUCGCAAUGAACGUUGAAUUCUUGAUAUUCACUCUCAGCGUAGUAUUCGGUUGUGGUUCGGGAUUUUUAUUUCCACCGACACUUGUGAUUCUUGGUCGGUAUUUUCGAAAGAGGAGGGGACUUGCAAAUGGACUUUCAAUGGCAAGUGCUUGUCUUGGAAGUUUAGCCUAUCCUUUGUUUAUACGAUUUUGCAUGGACGAAUAUGGAGUUCGUGGAGCCCUUCUUUUAAUUUCUGGAAUUUACAUGCAUAUUUUCAUUGCAGUUUGUUUAUUGACUCCUCCAGAGCAAUAUCGUCCUAAAACCAAAGGCAAAUUACAGGAAAAAGAAAAUCUUUUGAAUCCAUUGGUUGUCGAUACUUCAGUGAACGACAGUUCACUCUCAUCUUCACUUCCAAAUAUUCGUGUUCCUCGAGAACCUGUGAGAAAGAGAAGAACUAUGACAAUCUCAGAGGAUAUAAAUCCAUCGAAUUCCAAUGAUCGCAGAACUCUCAACUUUUCCAAAUAUCUCAGCAACAUUAGUCUUAUGUCAAUAUCAACAGUUGACAUAAGCUUGCAAAAGUCAAACAAUGUCAAGAAGAAGGAUAUGAAGUGGUACGAACAUGUUAAGAACAUGGAUUUUUCUGUUCUUAAACAAACAGAAUUUAUAUUAUUUUUGGUUAGUUUUUGUUUCUCAGCUGUUCCUGCCAUUUUUAAUGUAUUCUUGCCAGCUUUUGCGCGAGAGAGAGGCAUAACAGACAACCAAAUCUUAAUUUUAGUUUGUAUUAUAGGUUUCAUGGAUUUUCUUGGUAGGGUUGUUUCUGGAUUUCUAUCAGACAAUCCUCGAAUUCGAACUUCCCAUAUCAUUGUCGUUCCAAUGUUUGCUAUUGGAACCAUUUCACAAUUUGCGCGCUUUCUGAAUUCGUUUAGCACGUUUAGUGCAUUUGUUAUUAUAUAUGGAUUUUUUGCCGGAACACCGUUUGCACUCUUUUCAGCAAUGACGUCCAAAAUAGUAGGAAUCGAAAAGUUUCCCACUGCCUAUGCAUUUCUUAUUUUAGCCCAAACAUGUACCUUUGCGACAGUCAUACCACUGUCAGGAUAUCUGAGGGAUGUUACGGGAAAUUACAAUGCUGCGUGCCACUUUAUUGGAACAAAUGCCUUUCUGUCCGUGAUUUUGUUUUUGUUUGAACCUUUUGCGCAGAGGAUUGACCAAAAAAGAAAACUUAAUGUUCAGACCAUUAUUGUGAACAAUGGUGAUAGUGCAAAACAUUGAGAAGAAUCGUGUAUAAAACAGAAAAUGCUUUGUAAUAAUGUAAUGUUAAUUAUGAUAUUUGCUUUGUAAUAAUGUAAUGUUAAUUAUGCUAUUUAAUAGUUAGAACAUAAAUUUGUAAACAACAAUUUUUUGUGUCAAAACAUAUAUACAGAUACAUCAUGUAGUGGUUUACUUUCUUAUGUCAUCGCUUGCACUUUCAUGUGACAAUAAAGGAAAUUACUUUAAAAUGUUAAAAAGGAAUUCACUAUUAAAGAUAGUUAUAAAAUGAAAUUUGUGGGUUUUUUUCUAUUUUAAAUGCAUCCGA